AAGAGUCAGAGACCAACAUAUAUAAAUACAUAUAUUCCUUUUCUCAUUCUUCGUGUGUCUGCCUCUGUCCCUCUCUCUCUCUCUCUCUCUUUCUUUCGACAAAGAGAGUGAGCGUGUAUUUAUUUAUGGUUUUUCCUGCUCCAUUUUUUGUCAAGUGAUUCGGUUCCUUAGUAGUUUUAUUUAUUACGUAAAUCAUGAAUACAUCUUAUCGAUUUUUUCCGAUAAUUUUUUUGAUUCCAACGAAUUGGAAGACAUUUUGAAAAUCGAUUCAAGAAUUCGUUGACUUGACUUUUUUUUUUUGCUCUAUCAUCAAACAAAACGAAAAACAAAUACGAAACAUCACGCAGAAUGAAAUUGAAAUGAAACUAAAACUGAAACUGAAACUGAAAUUGGAAUUGGAAUGCAUGUAAAAUUAGAAUUAUAAAAUUUAGCAUAAAACAAAUAAACUAAUAACACAACAACAAAACAAGAAGAAAAUAAUAAUAGUAGAAACAAAGUAUAAUUCGUCUGUAAAUAAUCAUAGAGAAUGCAAAUUUAUAAAACCAAACUUGAAGUCAAUCAAGACAAUGAUAAGAACCAUACCAAUAAUCAACAACAACAACAACACAAAAUCAACAAAAGCGAGCUUGUGUGCAGCAGCCGAAUUGAAUUGUCUUCAUCGAGCAAACGAAACGGAUUUAAAACUGGAAUUGACUUCGAUUAGAAAUCUAUAGCAAAAUUACAACCAACUCCACCAUAAAUAGAACAACAACAACAAAAAAACAGCACACAAAUAUAAAUAUAUAUACACAUACAAAUCAAAUCCUUUAGAAGCAGAGUCAAAUUAGAAAGUCAUUUUCAUGAUAAACACAGGCAAAACAGAAAACAAAACAAAAUUUACUUCACAAUACCAAAUUAAACGAACAAACCCAACACAUUACACACCAUAACUAAUCCAAAAAAAAAAAAUAAAAAAAUAAAUCGAAAAACAAACAAACAAAAAACAAAACUAGUUAUUCGCUAGUUUGCUCGCUAAAGAUAUGCCAUUUAAAAAUAUUCUGCAAAGACGAGUAAGUGGUCCAGGAGCUUACGGAAAUCACUGGAGAAGCGAAGAAAAUUCAGAUGUGCUACACUUUGAUUAUAAACAGUAUCGUCAGUCCAUGGUUAACCUCGACAGUGGCAAUAAUUGUUAUUAUGUGGAUAAAAAUUUACUACAAAUAACGAAUACGAAUAGUUGUGAAGUGAUUGCCAGCAGCGCAGGCACUGGCAGUGCCAACAUACAUACUAGUUGCACGAAUCGUAAUUGCCGAAACAAUCAUAAUCUAUUCGGGGAUAGUAAUAAAGUCAAGAAAAAUCUAUCGGAAAGCUGUGUGAUUGAUGCGACCACCAAAUCAUCAUCACCCACGGUAGCGUCGUUAACUGUGCAUAAACAAUAUGGAAUUGAAACACCGACAGGCGACUUAAAACAUUUGAGUAACUUAAGUAUUUCAAAUUUGCGCACAACCAAUCCAAACAUUGCAACAACAUCGACAACAAUAAAUCCAUCGUACACUCAUAAACCAACAAACGAUAAUAAUUACUGCUUGUACAAAUACAAUGAAUUCAAUGAAUGCAACAAUUUGAUGCAAAAUAAUAGCAAAUUGAAUGGGAAAAAUAAUCAUGUGGUGCAAAAGAAUACGUUCUUCAAAAGUUUUACGCGAAGCUCGUCAUUUUGUCGCAUCAAAGUGAAUCCAAAAAAAUUUCGAAAUAUCUCGUUCAAGUUUAGAAAAUCAGAUAAAGUGUGUUGUACACCCGACUACACAGCAACAACUGCAUCGGCAUCAUCAUCUCAAGUACGCGCUCCGAUUUGCUCGUCCUCAUCUUCAUCAUCAUCGACCUCAUCUUCCACGAAAAAGAAUCCGCUGCUAGGCAGCGCGGCAAGUGCAUCACACGAUAAAUUCAUUCAAACCGUGCCUCAUCAACAAAACAGUGUGUCAAUAAAGAAUACAAUCGCGACAGUGAAUAGUGAUUUGAAAAAUAAAUAUAAUGCAAAAAGCAACGAAAUUAAUAACUGCCAAACCCAAACGCAAAAUCAAUUAAUACUAAAUGAUUCAACGGCCGCUGCAGCGGCUUCAGGACCUCGUCACAGUGUAUUACAAUCAAACUCAAUUCAAUACAAUACAAUAAACAGCAAUUCAAAUAACAACAACAACAACAACAACAACAAUAGCAGCAGCAGCUUCAAUAAUAUAAACAACGGCAUAAACAAUACGAAAAGACCGUUGUCGCAUUACUCGGAUCCGUACACGGCGUAUACACCGUUGCCGAGCACACCGCCUUCAUCUGAGCACAAAGGAAUUAAGCACUUCGGUAGCAUUAAAAGAGCAUUCACAGAUUGCAGCAGCAACAAUAGCAACAGUAGGAGCUCGAAAAUUGCAACUCCCAUAAAGGCGACAUUCUACCAAUGUCAUUCGUACAGCAAUAGUCUAAAUCGGCACAAUAGACAAUUAUCUCGAAAUAAAUCCAAUGGAAGAUUGUUAGGAACGGUUAGUUCUGAUUCCAUUCGUUGUACAAAUUUUAUUAAUUCUAACGAAAGUGAUUUACGUAUAUCCUCGGUUGAUAACACCUGUACAGAUUCAUUAGUAACAGCGCUUGACGAUGAAGCUCUGUUAAUAUGUGAUGCAACAAACGAAAUGGCAAGAACAAAGGUUCAUUUUGACGACGUUUCGUUGUAUGGUACUCCGAAGGAGGAACUAUUGCCGAACAUACAAACGAUAAGCGAAAAAAUGUCGUCAAACUUUUUGAAAAACCAGCUACAAUCAUGGUUUCAGCCAACCGAUAAUCGGUUGGCUAUGAAAUUAUUUGGCAGCAAAAAGGCAUUAGUCAAGGAGCGGAUACGCCAGAAAACUGCAGGCCAUUGGGUCAUUCAUCCGUGUAGUUCAUUCAGAUUCUACUGGGACUUGUGUAUGCUACUGUUGUUAGUUGCCAAUUUAAUUAUACUUCCAGUCGCAAUAUCCUUUUUCAAUGAUGAUUUGAGCACAAGAUGGAUUGCAUUCAAUUGCCUGAGUGAUACUAUAUUUUUAAUUGAUAUAGUUGUUAAUUUUCGAACAGGAAUCAUGCAACAAGAUAACGCGGAACAAGUAAUAUUGGAUCCAAAAUUAAUUGCGAAAAACUAUCUGAAGACAUGGUUUUUCCUAGACCUUAUAUCAUCAAUACCGUUAGAUUACAUAUUUUUAAUUUUUAAUCAGGAUUUUUCCGAUUCAUUUCAAAUUUUACACGCUGGCCGAGCUUUACGCAUUCUAAGACUAGCUAAGCUUUUAUCAUUGGUGAGGCUGCUUCGGCUUUCACGUUUAGUGCGAUAUGUUUCCCAAUGGGAAGAAGUUUAUAUUCUACAAAAUCUACAAAAAAAAAGUGCAGAUCGCCGAGGACGAAGACAUAGAAAUGAAAAUGAAAAAGACGGUUACUCUAAGAAUCUUAUCUUUAAGUUUUUGAAUAUGGCAUCGGUGUUUAUGCGGAUAUUUAAUUUAAUUUGUAUGAUGCUGUUAAUUGGUCAUUGGAGUGGAUGUUUGCAGUUUCUGGUUCCGAUGUUACAAGGCUUUCCAUCGAACUCUUGGGUUGCCAUCAAUGAGCUACAGGAAACGUAUUGGCUGGAGCAGUACUCUUGGGCCUUGUUCAAAGCGAUGUCACACAUGUUAUGUAUUGGCUAUGGAAGAUUUCCACCACAAUCAUUAACUGACAUGUGGCUUACGAUGUUGUCUAUGAUAUCAGGUGCUACGUGCUAUGCACUUUUUCUAGGUCAUGCGACAAAUUUAAUUCAAAGUUUAGAUUCGAGCCGACGGCAGUAUCGUGAACGGGUGAAACAAGUCGAAGAAUACAUGGCCUACAGGAAAUUACCACGUGACAUGAGGCAAAGAAUUACGGAGUAUUUCGAACACAGAUACCAGGGAAAAUUCUUCGACGAAGAUUGUAUAUUAGGCGAAUUAAGCGAAAAAUUGCGAGAGGACGUUAUCAAUUACAAUUGCAGGUCUCUUGUAGCAUCGGUGCCUUUUUUUGCUAACGCAGAUCAGAAUUUCGUGUCUGACGUUGUAACGAAAUUAAAAUAUGAAGUAUUUCAACCGAGCGACAUUAUUAUCAAAGAGGGCACAAUCGGUACAAAAAUGUAUUUUAUUCAAGAAGGCGUUGUCGAUAUCGUAAUGGCCAACGGAGAGGUGGCAACUUCACUGUCGGAUGGCUCAUAUUUUGGCGAAAUUUGCUUAUUGACCAAUGCACGUAGAGUGGCUAGCGUACGAGCCGAAACAUACUGCAACCUGUUUAGUUUAAGCGUUGAUCACUUUAAUGCCGUUUUAGAUCAAUAUCCACUUAUGCGUAAAACCAUGGAAACUGUAGCUGCUGAAAGAUUGAAUAAAAUCGGUAAAAAUCCCAAUCUGAUGUCGCAAAAAGAUGAUGAGAUCAGUAAUCCCGAUGAGUCGGCUUUAAAUGCAGUGGUGAAUGCAUUGGCAGCCGUUGAAUCAAAGGAAGAAAAAGAUGAAAGCAUCACGGAUUUAAGAACAUCUGAGCAAUGUCUUACGCACAUGAAGGAGCAUUUAAAACGGAACUUGCCACGUCCAAAAAGCGGAGAAUUUCGAGCAUUGUUUGAAGGAAACACCCCAUGACGUCGAAAUGACAGCAGUUGACGUCACAGCAGUUAGUGAUAGACACUAAUACAGUUAACAUGACUUAGGCGAAACAGAAAAAAAAUUAUUUAAAAAUUAAAACAACCAAAACAAAAAAGAGGAUCAUUACUAUAAUGUAUAGAAAACCAAUAAACAUUAACCAGAUGAAAAAUAAAAGAAAAUAAAAUGCAAAAAAUAUAUAUAUAAA